AUGUCUGAUGUAGUAUCAAUUGCCCAACUAACACCAGCCCUGAAGACAUCCGAUCCGUUCAGCCGUGGGACAGAGAUGCCCGAAAAGAUAUGUGUCGAAGGUCAAGAUCAAUGGGUCAUAGACAAAUUGGUCAAAAGGCGCGUCAGCAACAGAGGCCGAAACCCACAAACGGAGUAUCUCGUACGUUGGAAAGGCUGUGGAGCGGAAGAAGAUGAAUGGGUCAAGCGAAUAGAAUUGGUAUGGACGGCGGAGGAGAUGGUUAGAGAGUUUGAAAGCAGGCUGCCGAUGGCAGAGGAAAACAAGUGA